AUGAUUCGACACUUCUCCACUGUCUUACUUUUGUUUGUAUUGCUCAGCUUUAUUGAAGCAAAGCCAUUUCCUGGACGCUGCCGCAAAUCUAUGACAAGAUGUGCACUGAAACGUCUACGUCGUCCUGCUUUUCCGGAUAACACAGAGCAUCUUCGAGUUAAAUGGUCGUCCGACGGCCUCGUGGGCAGCAGACGCUUUGAACGUGAUGGCCGCCAUUUUGUUGAAAUUCAGGAGUUGGUCCCCAUAGGUGACGGAAAAUAUCGUAUCGAAUCCAGAAUAGAAGAGACGACUGCACCCGUUGCUGAACCAUCGCCGCAUCUACCAGACGAGCCACCACAGGACUCAAUCGCAGCGGCAAACAACAAUCGUCGAGCACCUACAUGGAUCGAGGAAAUCGCAGCGGAACGAUCCGGUCGAUGGCCUGUUUCCAACGUGGAUCAGGACUACGAUUCUGCGAAGGCCAGUGCUCAUCGAAUGGAAAUAGAUGCACAGAAACCUGUACAAGCAGAAGUUGCGCCAUUACCUGUUGCAAGAGGACGCCAUGGGGAUCAUAUUCCUCAAGAACAUCGAACGGAAACUAGGGUAAAGGAACCUACACCUCCCAGGCUUCCUUCUUACUAUGAGCAGCAACAACGCAUAGGAGGAACCGAACAGUUUGCAGCGGAAGCUCGACAUGAAGCCGUUCCAGCGAACCCGCCACCACCUAUGCAAGAACCAAGGAUGCACGAGAGUUCACCUGCUAAGAGUUACUCCUACUACGAUGAGAUCUGGUAUGAACCUGCUGGUCAAGGGGCUUAUCCUAGAUUGCUCUUUUCUCCUCGUUACGGCUGGCGCGAGAUGACUCAGGAAGAGAUGUCGCGAGUGAGAGGCAUUCGUCCGAUGGCAGCGAGCGGUCAACUUCCCACGAGCGAACGUCACAGUAUUCAGGAACACCCCAAGUCCCAACCCGAUCUUCAACAAAUUGGAGAACAUCAUUCUAACCGUAGAAACGAUCAUCAUAACGGUCUCCACAGGUCUUCUUAUUUGGAUUCUACCGGACACCCUCGUUUCUUAGGAGACAGACGCCAAAACAGUCAUGACGGAUCACAUACGCGACCGUCUUCUCAGGAACGCAACGCAGAAACACCCGUGGAGAAUCGGGUUGAAGGUGAAGGAGGUGCAUGGGUGUUUCGGGGAGGAGAGUGGCACUUUGAGCCACAGAACGCAGUUGAAGUGGCCCCUAAAACGGCACUGGAGGCAGCUUCGCCAACGCAUCCGACGGGGACGUGGGUUUUCCAUAACGGCGCUUGGCACCUCAGGCGUUCCCCACAAUCUGCUUCUGAGCAGAGAGCAUCCAUCCCAGCGGUGAAAUCCGCUGACAAUCCCCCCUCUGGCGGGAAAACAAUGGUUAAAGUAAGAAAAUUCCACGCGCCUGAUUAUCAGGGAAAUUAUCGCGAACUGUUGGCUAAGGCUAUCCGUAUGGACCAUGAAACGAUGAGAAACAGGUACAACGGAGAAAAUGACACUGACUAUAGUACUUGGCGUUAUUCGCAGCUUGCGAAUCAAAAGAACCGCUCUACGGAUGGAAAUAAGUACUGGUACCCCUACAAGAGCGUACCCGCAGUUGGAGACACCAGAACUGACGUGCAGCUGCCAGAUGUGCAGAGCGGCUCAGCACAAUACGUCCAGAAAGGGAACAUGGCGGCUAUAGUAUAUUCGGAGAGAGAUCAGGAGAGGAAGCGGAAAGAAGAAGAGGCCGGAGAGAGGAAGAAGGCGCAAGGAGCGAGCUACUUUAUAAAGGAAGGGAACAUGGGGGCGUAUGUUUAUACCGAAGGUGAAAACGCCGAAAAAGUCGCUCAAGCAAGCACAGGCGACAAUGGAACACCCGUAGAGUCUAAUUCACGAAGCCAUCUUUCAGUAGACGAGUUUAAGCGCCUUCAACCCUCACAGCAUAAAAUCCCCAGGAUCCAACUAAAGGAUUCGUCUGGCAUAAAACCGUGCGAUAGUGAGGGAACCACAUCGGGAAACGGCGAGUUCUGGCUGCUCAGGACACGCCCCUGUAACGAAAACUCACCCGAAGGCCGCAUCAUACUACCGAACGGAGAAGUGUUGAGGUUUUAUGGUCAACCCCAACUUGUGAAUGUUUAG